AUGCCUACAAACACCCGAUCAUACCUCCGCGUCGUCGACUUCCACGCCGACCGCAUACCACACGCGUCUCAAGAUGACAAAAUAUACUUGAUUAGACUCACGUCCAACGGAGAGGUGAAUGACUUCAUCGAAAGGCAACCAAGGGCUAUAAAACAUGACUACAACGAGCUCUGCAAAGCCAUCCUAGCAGAAUACUCAGACUACGGCGCCUCCGGGACCCUCACGGCAGCCAUGGCAGUCAAACAAGCUCACAACGAGCUUGCGGAAUGCUACUACCACAGGUUGCGACAGGCCUUCUUCGGCAACCGAAACUACGAAGGGAUGGAGGAAGACACGAAUUUCAGGGCCCUGUACCUCCAAAACCUCCACCCCAACCUUAGCCAGCUACUGGGCGUGUACGCCUGCCCCCUUACACAGGACAUACGGCAACUGAAGACCCUGGUGGCACGAGCACAAGGCAAACAUCUGCUCAAGACACAGGCGAAGCCGCAAACCCAACCUACAGUGUACAGUGUGGAAAACCACAUGGAACUUGAGGGCGCACCAACGGCCCGAAAACACAAAUGGGGAACCAACCACGGACCCCAAAGGAAUAACCAGACACACGCGGACCCGAAGAACAAAUUCCAGACCGACAGGACAGACCGCGCGCCACAACGGCCCCACCAAGACCGCACCGCUACAACCAUUAAUAAAGACAACCUUUCUAGGGAGGAACAAUCCCUCCUCCGCACGCUCCUGCGCAAAGCCAGAGAGAAGAAGACAGACAACGCCGACGUGUUCGCAGUGUCCGUGUCGGAUGACGCCGAGAAUGCUCCCCACCACAUGGACGACGGUCUCAGCGAACAGGAGCUAAAUGAUGACUACUCAAGCGCACAAACGGUGGACAUCUGCUACGACCAGAGGGAUGUCAUGGUAAUACAGGUAAACUCCAUCACGGACCCACGAGAGGACGGCCCCUCGACAACCAACUGCGAACCACCGUUCCGCCAAUUCAUUGGCGAUCUACAACAAAGAGGUACCUACGGGAAACUCUACCUGCCCGUAACACUCGAAGACCAUUGGGAACACGAGGCGCUCGUGGACACAGCUGCCGAUAUCAGCCUGAUUGGCGAAGACCUCUUCGGUAGAUACGACCAUACGUAA